UGUCUCUUGAUUUUUGUUGCUGCUGAGAAGAUGUCUGAGCUGGUUUGCGAGCUGCUGGGGGAGCGGCUGACGGACCGCGAUCAGGCCGAGGUGGAGAGCUCUCCGCUGGGCUCCGACGGCCGGCUUCUCGCCCUCUACUUCGGCUGCAGCUGGAGCGCCUCGUGUAAGCAGUUCAACGCGGCGCUCGGCGACUUCUACAGCCGCUUCAAGCAAGGGGAGCACGGCGACAAGCUGGAGGUGGUGUUCAUCAGCUCCGAGGAGGAACACAAACCCUGGCAGGAGUUCGUCGGCCAGAUGCCCUGGCUAGUGCUCCCUUUCCAAGACAAGGAGAGGAAGGUCAAGCUGUGGAGUAAAUAUAAAGUGACCAAUAUUCCAUCACUAAUAUUCAUCGAAGGCAGCACAGGAAGGAUCGUCAGCAGGAAUGGACAUCUGAUCAUUCGGGAUGACCCUCUAGGGUCCGAGUUUCCCUGGGGUCCCAAGUCCUUUGGCGAGGUGAUGGCUGGAUCACUGAUCAAGAAUAAUGGGCAGAUAGUGGACAGCAGUGCUCUGGAUGGCAGUUAUGUUGGUGUCUACUUCUCUGCACACUGGUGCCCUCCUUGCAGAAGCCUCACCCGUGUCCUCGUGGAGACGUAUCGAAAAAUCAAAGAGAUGGGACAGAAGUUUGAGAUUGUUUUCGUCAGUGCUGACAGGUCAGAAGACUCCUAUAAACAGUAUUUCAGCGAGAUGCCUUGGAUAGCGGUACCAUAUACUGAUGAAGCCAGGAGGUCACGGCUCAAUUGGCAUUAUGGCAUACAAGGCAUUCCAACGCUUAUUAUCCUGGACCAGGAGGGAAAGAUAAUUACACGCCAGGGGAGGCCAGCAGUGCUCAAUGACAUGGAUUGCAAAGAAUUCCCGUGGCAUCCCAAACCAGUAUUAGAGCUUACAGAAUCCAACGCCUUCCAGCUGAACGAGGGGCCCAGCCUUGUUCUGUUUGUGGAUUCUGAAGAAGAGGAAUUAGAACCAGCAAAGCAACUGAUUCAGCCAAUUGCAGAAAAGAUUCUCUCAGAGCACAAAGCAAAAGACGAAGAUCCACCAUUGCUGUUCUUUGUUGCAGGAGAGGAUGACAUGACAGAAUCGCUACGGGAUUUCACAAACCUCCCAGAGUCUGCUCCACUACUUACCAUUCUGGACAUGUCACAGAGAGCAAAGUACGUGAAGGAUGUUGAGGAAAUCACACCAGCGGUUGUGGAAGAGUUUGUGAAGGCGUUCUUGAAAGAAAAGCUAAAACCAGAGCCCAUCUGAAGAUGCAAAAAGAAAAGAAUAUUUAAUUCUCUUUGCUGAUUUCCAUUCAAACUUCUAUUUAAACAAAAAAAAAAGGUUUUUAAAAAAAAGUCUUUCUAACUAUUGAAUUUCUAUUCGUUCUAACAUUACAGUCAUAAGCACAUGUUUGGAGGAGACUGCUGGUGUCUCUUGCCUCUGCUUUAGCUGGCCAUGUACGAUGACCCUGUUGCGAUGAAUCCAAUUGGUAGCUUGACUUUUGUUCCGCUAAAAGUUCCAGCAGACCGUUGAUGUCUCUGACAAGCCAACUAAAUUCUGCUUGGGCCUAGUCCCUUCCAGCUGAGAGUCUUUCGUUUCUGAAGCCAACAAACUGAUACUGGGCUGCUUUUGAUGAUGCUGAUAAUUCCAAGGGCGGCUGUUAGAACCCUCACAACGCACUAUGUUCAUGUACUUCUAAAGAGUUUCCCAUUGACUUUAUACCACACCCUUUUUAUAUCCUUUUUAUGUAAUCUGGUCCUGUUACAAUGUUUUAAAUUAUUGCAAGUCUAAUAAACAUGGCAGCAGUUCGCAUUGAAAA